AUGGCCGGUCUGGGCACAAGUGGUGAUGCUCUGAUGGAGUUUGAAGAUGCCGGCGUCCCCCGAGCAUGGCUGACCAUUACACACCCACCUUUCCCGCCAGUCACAUCACGCCUCCACCCACCGCUGCCGCCGCUGCAUCUCAACACACGGGCCAUGGACAUCACGUCCCUCUUUGCUGCCAUGCAGCAACACCACCAGCUUGCCACCAUGCCAUUUCUCGAUCUCACCACCUUUCUCCGGUGUACCAGCCUUCUCAAAGAUGAUAUAUUACAAUCUCAGCCACACACUGUGUCUGUCCUCAUUGCACCUGACGUACUACCCCCCUCUGUCAAUGAGUUUCUGGCUGAAAGAUUCGCUUUCUCCAAGGACACUGUUGAUGUCCUAUGGGAUAUCAUCAAGGAUCUCAUUUGGAUGUUACCCACAGCUGGAGAGGCCGCCAAUCAGGAGGAGGAAAUAUUCAGAUGGUAUGGCCACAAGCGAGGGAUCAAUCUUACAGCGAAGCACACUCUCUAUCCUCCUGUCAAGACAUGCAUCAAUCCAGAUUGUAACACCUGGCGAAACAAUUCUCUGUUGAAGAAAGAAGAGCAACAACAUAUAGUGGUGUUUACACAUGCACAAGGCGCUCAUCCUGCGUGGUCUAUUCACUUGAAGUGUCGAGUCAUUUUUCAUGUCAAGGAUGGUACAAGGUCGUAUUAUGGUGGUAUACCAUCCUAUCUACAAGUUGCCGAACACCAAUUCAUUCAGCUUGAGCUCGCGAUGAGCUGGAUGGAUCUCAUGCAGAUUCCGAGCUCGCUGACGAUGGAGGAGGUGUGGGAUUCCUUCACCCUCCUUGCAUUGCUCGAUGACCACCAUCGGAGUGGGAUUCACCUACAGGUUCCCCAUGGGGGAGAGCAAAAAGACCGGUUCACACAUGCCAUGCGCGAGUGCACUGAGCGCAUCAUUACUCACAGACAAGAGGAGCUUCCACAUGCCUGCGACGGCUGCCUGCAGGUGUUCGAGAUGCCAGAUGGGACACUCAGCCGCACCGAAGUUGUUGUCACUGAUGACCCCACGCACAAGCAUCUGGAGACGAUAUGCACUGUAGAGGGAUGUGAUUGGCCUGUGACUCGCGACGCCUCCAUUGAUGCUGGCAAUGAUCUCGCUAUCCAAGAUGGAGAUGAGUGGUACGAGCAUGAUGAACACACUGGAGACACUCGCCUUGUGCAACCAGCGGUGACAAUUUCCACUGGAGUUGACGAUGAAGAAGAUCGUGCCUGCGAGGCAAAGGAAACACAAGGCAAACUCAAGGCAAACUUCCGACGCCAAUGGACAAACAAUGAACAGCUCGUUGUUCGUCCUUGUGGGAUAAUCAAUGCAUGUAGUACUAUGUACCAUCACGAGGCAGUAUCAAAUGUUCUACUGCUUAUCAAGCAGAUAUACUCCCUUCCAUGCGCACGGAAACCACAGCACCUAAUCUAUGACUCCAACUGCAAUGCCCUCCACGAAGUCACGAGCCAUCAGAUCAAAUUUUUCGAUGGCGUCAGCAUGUGUGUUGAUGCAUUUCAUCACCAGACAAAGCAUAAGGCAAGUGACACUUUGUGUCGCGAGCACUGCAACAUGAAGGCUUAUCCAGAGUUGUUGGAUGAGGAUGGCGGAUACUACUUCAACUCUUCAAUUGCAGAGCAGAUCAAUGUGUGGUUCAGCGCUUUCCACAACAUUUGUCGCAAGAUGACACCGGUUAAGUACGAGUUCUUUUUAGAUGAGAUGAUCAUUCGGUGCAAUCGUGUUACUCUAGCUACCCUACAUACACAGGGUAAAAGGCCCUAUCAUCCCUGUACUUAA